UCUAUGUAUACAAAUUCGAAAGUUCUAUUUUCGUUUUAAUUUACCUUGAAUCGGGAGCUUGAUAACAGUGCUUUAGUUGUACAUUUAACUAACUAUACCUACACACAUACAGGGGGAAUUGUGAAAGUAACCACUUCAACAAAACUCAGGAACCAUUCACUUUGAUACAAGAACUAAAGCAGUAAUGGCAGAGGUUUCUUCAGCGCAAGAAAAUAUAAAGGAAAAGGUUAAUGCAGUACGAGAAGUUAUUACUGGAAAGAGCAACAAUGAAAUCAUUUUAGUUCUACAGUACUAUGAGUAUGAUGUUGCUAAGGCCAUUCAGGCCUAUUGUGAUGAUGGUGCAAAACAAGCUCUAAAUGAGUGGCAUUGGUCUGGGAAUAAGACUCCCAACAAGAAGAAGAAAAAUAAAAAGAAGGCCUCUUCCAAGGCUGCAAGUGAGGAUGGAGAGGCUUCAUCCCCAAAGAAAGAGACCACCUCCCCCAUACCUAAUGGAAUACCCGUCAAGGACAGUAUACCUAAUGGAAUCCUAGGCAAUGAAACAGAGAUCUCUGCAUUAAGUAACACAGACAGUGAGCUGAAAGGAAGAGUUCAGGCAUCAAAUGCUGAUGUACAGGCAGCUAGUGUGACAACACCAAACUCCAACACCGAGGCAUCCCUCUCAAAUUCAUCCCCAUCCAAACAGCAAUCACCACAGCCUCAAAGGCAGCAACGCACAUCUAGAAACUCACCCCCAGUGUCAUCAGCACCAUCCCAGAGGGCUGGAUCCACCCCACAACCACAGCGGCAGCCCAACAGUCAUCACCAUGGUCGACAACGAACACAUUCUGGAUCCCAUUCCCAUAGACAGAGAACAGCCAGUGAGAGAAGCACUGCCUCUCAAUCUGAACAUAAACCAACACACUAUAAAGCACACGCUGGGAUUGAAAAAUCAGUUAAGGAUCUACACAGACAGACUGUUGCUUUGGAGAGGUUUCGCAUGAUUCUGAAUGAAGAAGUAGAUAAAACUUACAAAAGAAUAAAGUCAGUCUUUGAGGAAGUGAGAACAAGUUUAAACAACAGAGAAACAGAGCUUACAUCAGAAAUGGACAAAGUGAAACUUGCUGCAAAUGACAUAUUUGCGAUGAGACAGAAAAGGGCAGUAGAAUUGAAAGUAAAAGUAGACAGAUCAGACAACAUGAAUGAACAAGAACUAUCUGAACUGCGUUCAGAAAUCAAGCAUUUUAUAGGUGAAAGAAAGGUUGAUGAAGAUUUAAGCAGAACAACAAGAUUUUUGUAUGAUUCCGAUCAUUUAAAAGAGGAGAUCACCCAGUUUGGAGAGGUGGUUCCUGUCAAAUGUUCCUACUCCCCUCGACGUCCCUCUGUCAGCUCUGUGGCCAGCAGUGGCCCUGAAGAGGUGGACAGUCUGUCCUCAUCCCUCAACAGUCCGGCGCCGGUGGUAGUAGACUCAGGUCAUGACACCACCCAUGAAACCGUUGAUGUAAAUGAAGCACAUGAAGCUGCAGAACUGCAAAGACGGCUGAAAGGAUCCCUACAGUUACAGGGUUAUAUGAAGCCUGAGGGAAAAAGAAAUGACCAAAAUCAUUUUUCAAGCAAGUCCAGCCCAACAUCAAAUCAUAACCACAUAAUCAAUGGCAAUGCUGAUGUGCCUCAGAAGAAAGCUGAGGAAGAGCCUGCCACAUUGAAACCCAGUGACAACAGUAGUUCAAAAUCAUCUCAAAGCAGUCCUGCUAAAUCAGCCUCUAACUCCGAAGCAUCCAGGAGAUCUCAGUACUCUGGUAGGGGUAGAGGAAGGGGAGGUAACUACAGGGGUUAUCCUAGAAGUCCCAGAAAAGAUGGUGGUGACACCUACUACAGAAACCAGAGAAAUUAUGAGAGAGGUGGAUAUGGGAGAAGAGAUGAAUACUAUAAUUCCAGACGAGACAACGACAGAAGAAAUUAUCGACCAAGAGAAGAUUACCCCAAAAGUGCCCCUCAAAGACAAAGUUAUUCUCGCAAUGAGAGGCCACAGACAGCCAAGGAGAAUGAGAAACCAAGUCCUGCAAAGGAAAAUAUGAAGGAGUCAACAGGAGAAAAGGAUUUGAAAAAUAAACCUCAGGAAUGAAUGAAUAUAUUCAGUUUACACCUUUCAUUUGUUUUUCUAGUCUCAUUGUUACACUCGUUUCAGCUCAAGUGAUACUGUAUGAUUACUUAAUUUUUGAAAUUGUUACUUGUUUAAUAAGUGGUAAGAAUGCAACUGUUUGGAAUUUUUAGCAUGAGAGUAAUUAAAAAAAAUGUAUAUUGUGAAUCCAGUAUCAACUCGUAUAGUAACCCAUGCAUUACUACUGCGAUAUUACUGCAGUUGAAUGUACCGUAGUCAUUGGUGAUAAAUGUCUGUAAUGGUAUUGUAAGUGUACAAUAUAUGUGGAUGCUAUUUAUUUUUCUCAAAAUUUUUUUGUUUAAGACAAAAUUGUUAAAUUGUUUAUUAAAUUUGUGAUAAAACCUUGUUACUUAACCUUGAAUUUCACCUUGUAUAUUGUCAUUGAUUGAAUCUGCCAUGAAUUGUUCGUAAUGUACAUGUUUGUGUAUAUAUACAACUAGUAUCGAUACACUAGUUGUGUUUAAUAGAUGGGUGUAAAAUUGGUUGUACAAUGCACAUCAGUAUUGAAAAAAAAAAGUACACUGUAUAGUGCUAGAUCAAAAUCAUGUGCUUAUACUCAUUUUGGGCAAUGGUUUUUGUAUAUAGUUUUCACCUCAUCAGCAAUUUGGAAUGAAAUUCAGAAGCGCAAACAUUUUUUUGUGUUUGAAUCUACUUACUAUUAAACCAUUUUUCUAUGUUAUACAUGUAUUAUUGUAGUAUGCAGAUGUCAUAUUUAAUUACCAUAAUUAAGGGUGACAUAUGUUUUCCUUGUUGAUGAGCUUUGAUAAUCAUUUGACACAAAUUUAUUUUUUCCUUUUGUCCUUACUAAAAUUUUCAGUAUUUUUUUUCCAUGAAUGGAUUGUAACUAGAUAAAACCAUGUGGUGUCCGACAAUGGACCUGAUAUUGAUGCUGUUAUUUUAUUGGUUACUGAUAUGUCAGACAAUCACUACUUGACACCAGAAUAAACUUAUCCUGAUACUCUGUCAUCCUGACAAAAUUCUGCUUGGAUUUAUUAAUUACAUCUGUACAUAUGAAAAAGACAUAAUUAAAAUUUCCUACUGUAAAUGUGAAUUUUUUGUUGUUGAAUUUAUUAACAAAAAAUGCAUAAAACAAAGAAUGUGUGACGAAACUUUUUGUGUUGUCACCAUUAAUGUGCAUAUGGCUAUUCAGCAACAUUUCCAUGUUAUAAACAUGUAAAGGUUUAAUGUUGGAUCAUAUUUAUUACUGAUCAUGCAUUGAAACAUUGGUCAUAUGAAAACUGAAAAGUUUUAUGAUAAAUAUUUCUGGAUUUUUUUGGGGUUUGCUAUUUGAGAUACAUCUUUGAUCAUGGGCAGAGAAUACAUAUUUAUUAUUGGAAUCAAGUUUUCGUUAUCCUGGUGAAUUUUUAGACAAUGCAAGUUUAAUCGUAAUGCAUGCAAUUAGCAUUUUGUAUCACUUCUGUACAUACUUGUAAAAAUCACUUCUGAACGGUUCAUUAAACAGACAUAAAAUAUGUAUAUUCUGUAAGUGGUGCAUCUCUUGCUAAUGAAAGUGCAUAACUUUUGGUAACUUUUGUGUCUGAACACUUUUACUGUCUCAAAAUAUAUGCAUACCAUAUAAGAAUUAAGUAAUUAUUUUUACAAAAUGUAUUGUGUAUUUGUAGAUAAACAACGAUUUGCUUUUGAUGUGCUUCAGAGUCAAAUGUCGAAUUGGGUUUAAGUUUCAUCAUUUUUAUUAUAUAUGAAACCUAAUAUUUUUUUUAGGCCUUAAUAGACCUAGCAAAAUCUUAUAUGUUGUUAAUCUUAAAAAGUAGAGAAUAUUAAUUUCCUUGAAUUAGAUUUUGUUUCUGCAUGUUAGGACAACAGGUACUUUAGAUGUACCAGGCAUAGUUUUCUGGCCUAUGGCUUCUUAUUGAUUUUUUCCUUUCAGUGACUUUGCUUCACUUUUCAAGUUUUCAUCUUUUAAAUUAUACUUAAUCAGUGCCAAACAAAAAAUGUAAAAAUCCAUCAUUGAUCUGUAAAGUUUAUAUUAAAUUGUGUCUUGUUAUUUUAUUUGAACACUACUGAUCAAAUACAGUGUUCUAAUAGAUUCCGGGUCCUCAUAUGUUACAAUAUUUUCUUAUUUGUUGUGUCUCAGAGUAACAUUUAGUCCUGAAUAUUUAUCUUGGAGAUGAAAGUAACAGCAAUGGACUUGUAUUAAUUUUACAAGCAUACUGUGUUAUAAAAUUUAAUUUGUCUUUCUCUAAACAGUAAGAUUAUAUUUAUACAUGUAGUAUGUUUAUCAGAUUACAGUGUCUUCAUUUUCUGUAAACCAGUAUUACACAGGGAUCAUUUGCUAUCUUUUAAUCUCUGAUAUAUAGGUUCAAUAUGUUAAGUACAUGUAUCUUUGUAAACAACUGAACUGUUUCAAGUUCUCUCAUUUCUAAACAUAGAGUUGUGUUAUUUAUAGGUAGGAAAAGUAAGAAAAAACUGAGGGUUUCAUGCAGUAUUAACAUUUAUUUACAUUUUGUAAAACAGGCAAAUGGAGAACUUUUGACAACAAAUAAUGAUUUCCCUUUUAAUGAAAAAAUGUUAAAGCUUCAACAUAUGAUUGAAAUAUUUUGUUGGUUGAUUUUUUCUACUAUUUCGUUAUCAUUUUGCUUGAUCUGUUCAUUUGAAUUCUAUAUAUAUACCUUCAUGUACAUCUCAUAGUAGAAUGAUAGUUGAUUUGUUUGCUACCAGCCUUCCGCUGUUUGUCGCUUUGUUUUUGUGUGCAGAUCAAUUCACCAUUGGUCCAUUUGAUGGUUACUAGUCCACAGUUUUACUGCUACUAUUCUGUUGAAUUCGGUUUGGGAAGUUUGUUUAAAGAUUCAGAUAUUGAAUGUUUCAACCUUAUAAUGAUAAAAGUGUAUUCAUGAUAUAUAUUAUUAUAUAUGCAUAGAUAUCUAUAUAGAUCUAUUAUUAUUAAAACAUAUCAACAGCAA